AUGUAUCAUCGAUCCACAAAGAUUCUCAUCUUUCUCAUUGUCAGCUUCCUGCCAUUCACGGCUUUCAACAUAGUGCUCGCCGUGUGGGAAAGCACUGAAAUGUCAUGGGAGGAGCUCGUCAUCUCUGGCACCUAUCAGUGCACUUCUACAGGAUCCAACUCACUUAUGCCGGCUGUGGGUUAUAUUCUUGGCGCUAUAUGGGAGUCCAUCACGCUGUGUCUUGCAAUCAGAAUUUUUGUAAUACACUUCCGUGAACUCCAACGCACAUCGACGGGAUGGACCUUCGAGAACUGUAUCACGGUAUUAAUGAAAACUCACGUGUUUUACUUUGCAGGCUAUGCUGCUGCUUCUUUCAUUACAAUUAGCUUCCUGUCUCCAACCACAGUGGAGUUGUCUCCCGUGGGAAGUGGGAUUUAUUAUGGCGUUCUCACAAUCAUCGAAGUCAUGCAAAUGUUUGUGCUGGGACCACGCCUCAUUCUUAGCAUUCGGCAAUAUCACGCUGAGCUCGUGGCAGAUUCUGGCGCAGGAACUGCCAUGACUUCACUUGCUUUCCAGGAGCGUGUCCACAUGGCAACUAGCAGUGGUGUGUAG